AUGUGCGGGAUUCUGUUAUCUGCAAUUUUGGAUACUGUGGAUCAGCAAAGCCUCGACUUAUCAUAUGAAAGUGAUGCCUGGAAAUCUCUUAUAGAAGAAGUGACGGACAGGGGACCAAGCAGUAAUAAUGAUUUAAAAUGUUCUAGUAGCAAUUUUGAUGUCAAAUUUUUUUCAUCAGUACUUGCGCUUCGUUCGCCAUAUACCGCUCAACCUAUAACGGGUCCGGAUGGGCAUCAUAUUUUCCAAUUCAAUGGAGAGCUAUAUAACGAUGAGCUGUUUGGGGAAGGGGAGAGUGGUAAUGACGCUCAAUAUAUGUACAAUCUAUUGACAAGUGGAAAAAAGAAUAGGAUAGUUGACGCUAUACAGAAGGUACGUGGAGAAUACGCUUUUACGUAUUAUGAUGAAUUAGAUCAUAAGAUCUGGUUUGGUAGGGAUUGCAUAGGUAGACGGAGCCUUCUUUAUAGCUAUGAUCAGGAUUUGGGUUUAAUAGUCACAAGCGUUCCCCCUGAUCAAAGAAUUCUUAAUAACGACAGAGGUACAAAUGUAUUUUAUCCGUUACUUCUAUCUUUGAAAGAGGUGCCAGCUGGGAUUCUUUUUUGCUUGGAUUUGAAAGUGAGACGUAUUAUUGAAAUGCCGUGGGCAUAUUUAAACAUGAAGGAAACCCCAGCACUAUAUUACCCUUAUAGCAUGGUUAGCACAAAAGUUGAUGGAAAAGGACCAGAUUUCGAAAUACUGGCAGAAAACGCCCUCUUGAAAGUCCUUUCGGAUUCGGUUAGUAGACGUGUGAAAAAUAUUCCGGAGCCGAAGAAUGUUAACCUGGAGAGCUUGCCUCAUAUAGCAAUUUUGUUUUCUGGAGGGUUGGAUUGUACUCUCUUGGCACUUUUGGUAGACAAACUUCUACCCAGCAAGUGUGAAGUAGAUCUGCUAAAUGUUUCUUUUGAAAACAAAAGAACAGGGAAGGGCUAUGAUACACCAGACCGGGUUUUGGGACGAAGAUCUUGGGCUGAGCUUUAUGAAAGUCGUGACAAUAAAUCGGAACCCUUCAGGUUCCGUUUUGUUGAAAUCAAUGUUUCUUUUGAUGAGAUGAUUCAACAUCGUCCCAAAGUUCAAUCGCUUAUGUGGCCCAAGGACACAGUAAUGGAUCUCUCUAUCGCUAUCGCAUUUUAUUUUGCUAGUCGGGGCCAGGGGUCAUGCUUUCAGAUGGUCCAGGGCUCUGGGGAACCAGUUUUGAAACAUGAAGAGUAUACGAGCAAAGCUCCGGUUCUACUCUCUGGUCUCGGUGCAGACGAACUCUUUGGCGGCUAUACACGCCACACAACUAGACUUCGCCAACAAGGAUAUCAGUCCCUCUCACUAGAGUUGCAACUCGAUUUUUCUCGAUUACAUGAAAGAAAUCUAGGGAGAGACGAUCGCGUUUGUGGAAAUUGGGGAAAGGAACUUCGCUAUCCAUUCUUGGAUGAAAAAGUGGUAGAAUGGGCUAUGGACUGUCCUUUACGGCUUAAAGUCUAUCACCCGCCUUUUGUGAAUGAUGUCGAGAUCUAUGACGAGGUCAUGAUGCAGACUAAGUACAUUCUGCGACUAUUAGCUAAGUCGCAUUCACUUCUAAGUGUGUCAAAGGAAAAGAAACGUGCAAUACAGUUCGGCGCCAAAACUGCCAAGAUGGACAUAGGAGAAGGUAAAUCUCGGGGAACUGAUAGAUUGACUCCUCUAGUAUAG